GAGCUCAAACAACACGUUGCUGAAAUUGUUUGCUUCGGAAAUGCUUCUCGAAAUUGGUAGCCUGGAUGUGAAAACAGACGAAAGUUUGAGGUUUGAGCUUCCCAAAUAUGAGAUGCUCAUUAAUGAUGAGGCUGUUGACUCCAAGUUGCUGGAUAUGACGUUACGCAUUGGAAAGUACAAAACGGUGUGUGGUAAGAUCCAACUGAAGCCUAAGAUGGAUCUGACGCUUCUCAUUGGCGUGCUCCACCAAAACCAUCACCCCAUCACCACCACCACCACCAACGAACUGACCAGUCUGAGAGAAGCAUCGAACAAACACGACGCAAGCAAGAAUCCAUACAGCACAAAUCUCGGAGUGCCUCCUUCCGAUGUCAUGGAUGACGAAAGUUACUUGGAUAACCUUUUGAAAUCGAUGGAUGGCGCAUUUGAUAACGAACUGUUCAUUGAAAGGGACAGUCUAAAAAUUGGAGAUCUCGUAGGACAAGGAAACUUCGGCAGUGUGUAUGUCGCUACAUUGUUGAGUAAAGAUGAGAAGACAGAAACUACUGUAGCCGUCAAAACUAUUGAUGAUCCAGAAAUGAACAUUCGAGCAGCAGAAAGUUUCAUAAGAGAAGGUCUUAUGAUGAAAAAAUUCGACCAUCCACAUGUUCUUUCCCUCUAUGGUGUCUGUCUAGGGUAUAAGAAGGAACCUAUGGUCAUCCUACCGUACAUGCCUAAUGGAGAUCUCAAGUCAUACGUUAAAGAACCAAACAGACAAUUUACAGCCAGAGAGUUAUUGCAGCUGGUUCACCAAGUUUCUCAAGGCAUGGCUUACUUGGCCUCCAUCAACUUUAUUCACAGAGAUCUUGCUGCAAGAAACUGCAUGAUUGAUGAAAUGAAGCAGGUGAAAGUUGCUGACUUUGGACUGUCCCAUGAACUCCAUGAAAAAAAUUAUUACAGCACUAAAGAUAAAAAGGCCAAACUGCCUAUUAAAUGGAUGGCUCUUGAAAGUCUCGAAAGUUUUGUUUUCACUCUCAAGUCAGAUGUUUGGUCGUUUGGAGUUUUGAUGUGGGAGGUGAUGACCAGAGGUGUCACUCCAUAUCCUGAUGUUGAAGUUUUUGAAAUAAGAGAUUACUUGGCUUCUGGGAGGAGACUCAGGAGACCGAAAUUUUGUCCAGAGAAUGUGUAUAAUAUUAUGUUGGCAUGUUGGAACGAAAGUGCCGUACAAAGACCAUCGUUUGUGGAUCUAGUUCACGACAUCGAGGUGACGUUGAAUCCCCCUCGAAAGAGUGAUUCCCCAGAGCCAAACUACAACAACAUUAGUGAUCUCCAGAGUUCCAAUCACUACCUGGCCUCUAUAAAUGCAUGACAUUUUUUGUUAUUCAAUUUAUUUGUUGAAGUUUCAUCAUUAGGUUUAUAUAUUUUUAUUCUAUAACCUGUCACUUUAAAAAUUUAAUUUUUCUAAAUUUCUAAGAGAUUUGCUUCAUGAAUUUUUAUUCGCAAAUCAUGAUUCCUGUUUUAUGUUAAAUCCUGUUAAAUCGAUAUUUUGGUAUAUUUUCCCUGCCUGAUUAUUAGAAAUGAUAUUUAUAUAAUUAUUUGUGCUCGUAUAUACAUAUAUAUAUAUAUAUAUAUAUACAUACAGCUUCGAGUGUGAAACAACUUCUGUGAAAUAUGUAUGUUUUACCUUCUUACAUUUUCUUCAUUUUACACUUUUCUAUGCAAAUAUUGCUUACUUUUAAAUUGUUCCUUAAGAUCGUUUUAAAUCGAACAAAAUUGUAAGAAAA